GUGUGAUCUUCAUCAGCAAACGAAAUAAAAGUAACUCCUCCAACCAACUAACCAAGUAUAUCAUCUCAAUACUCAGUUGCAAUCAGAAAACCAAUCAUUUCCCUUCAUCUCUACAUCGACCUCGUUGCUCGAUUCCCGAUACAUUUGUGUAGUGUGGUGUCACGCGUUGUUUAUUUCCAAGCUCUAAGCACGCUGUCCACUAGCAUUACAAUCCCGGCGGAUCACUAGUCAAAGCGGCUUUAGCAUAAGAAGGGCGGCCGGAUGAGAGGAAAUGGAAGGAAAUGGUUGGAGAAGGUUGUGAAUGUGAAGGAAGCCAAGGAGCAAAUAUUGUUCUCACUGCCAAUGAUAAUGACCAAUGUCUUCUACAAUCUAAUUUCAAUGGUCUCAGUUAUGUUCGCCGGUCAUCUUGGCCAACUACAACUAGCUGGCUCUACUCUUGCCAAUUCUUGGGCUAUUGUCACUGGUUUUGCUUUCAUGGUUGGGCUGAGUGGUGCACUUGAGACAUUAUGUGGGCAGGGGUUUGGUGCAAACAUGCACAAAAUGCUAGGGAUUUAUCUCCAAGCAUCAUGCUUAAUUUCAUUCGUGUUCUCUGUUUUAAUAUCCGUAUUAUGGUGGUUUACAGAACCUAUUUUAAACUUACUCCAUCAAAACCCAGAUAUUUCAAAAGAAGCAGCACUUUACAUUAGAUUUCUAAUACCAGGAAUUUUUGCAUUUGGCCUUUUACAAAACAUAUUAAGAUUCCUCCAAACACAGUCUGUUGUUUUUCCCUUAGUUAUAUUCUCACUUGUUCCAUUGCUCUUGCAUUGUGGCCUUAACUAUUUGCUGGUUCAUUUCACGACCUUUGGUUAUAAAGGCGCGGCAUUGGCUACUUCACUCACGUUUUGGUUAUCGGUUAUACUUUUGAUGAUUUACGUGAGUUGCUCGAAAAAAUUCGAGCAUACAUGGAAAGGGUUAUCAAAGGAAUCAUUCCUUCAUGUCUUUGCCAACUUGAAGUUGGCAUUGCCUUCUGCUGCUAUGGUUUGUUUGGAGUUCUGGGCAUUUGAAAUUUUGGUGUUAUUGGCUGGUCUCAUGCCAAAUUCCAAAACAACUACUUCUCUCAUUGCAAUCUGCGUAAAUACAGAAACAAUUGCUUAUAUGGUUACUUACGGCUUGAGUGCUGCAGCAAGUACAAGAGUUUCAAAUGAACUCGGAGCUGGACAAGUGAAUCAAGCAAAGGUUGCAAUGUGUGUAACAUUAAAGUUGUCAAUUCUCCUAGCAGCUGUUGUUAUUCUUGCUUUAGGUUUGGGGCAUGAUAUUUGGGCAGGCUUCUUCAGUGGAGAUGCUAGUAUAAUCAAAGCAUUUGCUUCUAUGACUCCUCUACUCUGUAUUUCAAUAUUCUUGGACUCGAUUCAAGGCAUAUUAUCAGGGGUAUGCAGGGGAUGUGGUUGGCAGCAUUUAGCAAUGUUCGUAAAUUUGGGAACAUUUUAUCUCAUUGGUAUGCCCAUUGCAUGUAUAGUUGCCUUCAAGCUUCAUUUGUAUGCCAAGGGUCUUUGGAUUGGCUUAAUCUGCGGCCUCGUCAUUCAAUCUAGUUCGCUCUUUCUGAUUACCCGACUCCAUAAAUGGAAAGCACUUGAGGUUUCUUCUAAUGGCAACGAAAAUUCGAUUCCAUAAAAUGCUUGAUAUUUGAGCUUCUUUUGGGUUGUUGCGAGCUUAACCUAGAUAAGCCAAGCUCGAGCUUGAGCUUAACCUACUGACUGUUGCCGUUGUGGCCUUGUGGGGGAAAUGCCUUGACAAAAGAAUGUAUGUUUUCAGGAUUGAAAAGAAAAGUAUUCUUCCAAAAUGAGAAGAUGAGGAAACAAUUUUGGAAUUAUUGUACCCAAUGUUUUAAAAAGUUUCAUGUAUACCCCUCAACUUUAUCAAUUGAACAAACAAUACUGUAUAUAAUGAUCCAAUAUGAUGGAAGUUAAAAAAGUUAAUCUUAGUA